UCACAACAUUUCGACGUAUUCCAACAUGGCGACUCUUGUACAGACAUCUGCUGGACAGCAGGGAUCAGCCCAUCCCUUCACCUGCAACACCUGCCAGGUCGCGUUCAAGUCCGGAGACCUGCAACGAACGCAUAUGCAGAGUGACUGGCACCGAUACAACCUGAAGCGUCGUGUCGCCUCUCUCCCACCGCUCACUUCGGAGGUAUUCGCCGAGAAGGUUCUUGCGAACAAGGCCUCUGCUGCUGCGACUGCUGCCCGAGCGAGCUUCGAAAAGAGAUGUGAGCCAUGCGACAAGACAUACUACAGUGAAGGCGCAUACGUCAACCAUUUGGGGAGCCAGAAGCACAAGCUCUUUGUGGCAAGAUAUCGCGGUAUGGAUGGAGCCGAGACUGAGAGUAUGGCAGACUCUACGUUCACGUUGGGCGAGACAAUGGAGACUGCAAGCACAGUGACCGAGACGGAUCCCGCGGCGGAGGAGGAUUUCGACGAGGUCGUGGAGGCUGUCAAGCAGACCAAGAUCGAAGAGACUCUUGCACCAGCGGCACGGCCACAGAAUUCAGCUCCCUCAACCGCGUCGCAGAGCAAUCAAGGUGUUGCAAACGGAGACGCCGCAGAGGAUGACGACGACUACGAGCACAAAGCCGACGUCAAGCAAUGUUUGUUCUGCAACUACCUUUCGCCAACCAUGGAUCUCAACGUCAACCACAUGUCGCGACAGCACGGAUGCUUCAUUCCCGAGCAGGAAUACCUCGUCGACCUGGCCGGCCUCAUCAAUUACCUCAGCGAAACCGUCAUCGUCCUACACCAGUGCUUGUACUGCCACAAGCAGAUGCACACGGACACUGGCGUACAAACUCAUAUGCGCGAUCGAGGACAUUGCAUGAUUGCAUAUGCUACCGAAGACGAGCAGAUGGACAUUGGUGAGUUCUACGACUUCAGCUCAACGUAUUCCGAUGAUGAGAGUGAGGAGGACGAGGAUAAUGGAGAAGAUGUGGAGAUGGAUGGAGACGACGAAGGCUGGGAGAGUGAUGCGAGUUCCCUCUCCUCUGUACCCACAGACGAGAUCACCUCCGUGCCGAUUGACAAGGACCACAAGUACGCGCAACUCGGACUUCACAGACAUCAUUCGCACGCCGACCCACGACCGCACAAGAACAGCGACGGCUUCCAUUCCCAUGCGCAUCAAGGAUCUCGUGCAGCAUACCACGACGACUACGAGCUGCAUCUUCCGUCGGGACGUACUGCUGGUCACCGCAGUCUGAAGCAAUACUACCGACAGAAUCUCCGCAACUACCCAUCCGCCGAAGAGCGCCAACAACAGCGCAUGAUCGAGCAGGGCCGUCAUCACUCUGACGAUGAGGAUGCGGAAGAAGAGACGGAGCGCAACGGACGUGGCCGCCAGGUUGUCAGCCGGGCCGACGGCGGUAUGGGUAUGAUUGGUGUCAGCGAAGCAAAGAAGCGUGAGGUCAAGGCGCUUGAGAAACGUCUACAGAAGCAGCAGCGCAAAGCCGAAGCCGACUACCAAUGGGGGAAUAACCGGAGAGGCAACUUCCAAAAGCACUUCAGGGACCAUCUCCUGCAGUAG